CAUACUGCCUUUGCUGAUGACCACACCUGAUCACGUGAUUUGAUCACGUGCCCUGCCGCCAGCCGUUCUGCCCCCGAGUGGAUGGUAACGACACCGAAUGACUGUCCAAGAACACAGUUAGCGACUGCUGGGUGCCGGUUGUUGGGUGCUGGUUGCUGAAGAAUACCCGUACUCGGUGAUUUUGGAUGGAAAUGGAAGGCGGACAAGGCGGGGACCCGCGCUAUCUCAAAAGGAAGGUGAAGGGGUGCACUCUGGAUGUCCACCCGACUGAGAAAGCCAUAGUGGUCCAGUAUGAGGUGGAGGCGAUGAUCCUAGGAGAGCAGGGCGACGCCAUGGUUGGAGGACGCAAAGAAUGCCACAAAAUCAUCCGUCUGAAGAGCUUGAACUCCAAUACGGACACGUCGUCGUUGGCUCGGAAAGUGGUGGAAGAAUGUCACCUGAUUCACCCGUCCAAGGUGAACGAGGUGGAACAACUGCUCUUCUAUCUGCAGAACCGCAAACAGACCAACGAGGAGCAGGAAAAGAAACGCAUCUCCCCGAGAGACUUUGCACCGUAUGCUGGCAUCGAGCUCAACGAGGAAGCGAACAUCAACAGCAUUGACGAAUAUCUGGAGCUGCUGUAUGAGGACAUCCAGGAGAAAAUCAGGGGGGCCACACUGAUCUUUCAACUGGCCCGGAACCCGGACAACCUCGAGGAACUCAAACAGAACGAGAUGGCUCUAGCGGCAUUGGCUAGAGUUCUGAGGGAGGACUGGAAGCAGAGUGUGGACCUGGCAACAACCAUCAUCUGCAUCUUCUUCUGCUUCUCAAGUUUUACCCAGUUUCAUGGACUGGUCACGCAUUUCAAGAUCGGGGCCUUGUGUAUGAACAUCAUCGAACAUGAGCUCAAGAGACACGAUCUGUGGCAAGACGAGCUACAAAGGAAGAAGAAGGCCUAUGAAGAAAUAGCAGACAACCAACACCUGAAGAAGGAGCAUGAAAAGUGCUUGAAGAAAUAUCAAAGCCUUUUGACCAAACAGGAGCAGCUUCUCAGAGUUUCUCUCUGCCUGCUGUUGAACCUGGCUGAAGACACCCACACCGAACUGAAGAUGAGGAACAAGAACAUAGUUCAGAUGCUUGUGAAGAUCCUCGACAGGAAGGACGAAGAGCUGCUGUUGGUAGUCGUCUCCUUUCUCAAGAAACUUUCCAUCUUCUUGGAGAACAAGAACGACAUGGCUGAGGUGUUUGCAGUGGAGAAGCUGGGCCAGCUCGUCCCGUGUGAGCACGAGGACCUCUUGAGCACCACGCUGCGCCUCCUGCUCAACCUUUCCUUCGACACCGCUCUGCGCAACCAGAUGGUCCAGGCCGGACUGAUUGACAAACUCUCCUCACUGCUGGCGGACGAGGGCCAGAGGCAGCUCAGCAUGUGCAUCCUCUACCACAUCAGCAUGGAGGACAGGUUCAAGUCCAUGUUCGCCGCCACAGACUGCAUCCCACAGCUCAUGAGGAUGAUUUAUGACUUCGGAGAGCACAAGAUGGAUUUUGAGCUCAUCUCGCUGUGCAUCAACUUGGCAGCCAAUAAGAGCAAUGCCCAGGUGAUGUGUGAAGGAAACGGUCUGAAGAUGCUCAUGAAACGCUCCGCCAAGCUGAAGGACGUUCUGGUGAUGAAGAUGAUCAGGAACAUUUCCCAGCACCACGGCCCCACUAAAAGCUUAUUCCUGGACCACGUUGGGGACUUGGCGGCUCAGAUCAACCAGGAAGAAGCUGAAGAGUACGUGAUCGAGUGUCUGGGCACCCUGGCUAACCUCACCAUCCCCGACCUGGACUGGGCGCUGGUCCUGAAGGAGUACAACCUGGUGCCCUACCUGAAAGACAGACUUAAACCAGGUGCCGCUGAGGAUGAUCUGAUCCUGGAAGUGGUCAUCUUGAUCGGCACUGUCUCCAUGGACGACUCCUGUGCAGCCAUGCUGGCAAAGUCUGGCAUCAUUCCCGCUCUCAUCGAACUGCUUAAUGCCCAGCAGGAGGAUGACGAGUUUGUCUGCCAGAUCGUCUACGUUUUCUACCAGAUGGUCUUCCACAAAGCCACCAGAGAUGUCAUCAUCAAGGACACGCAGGCUCCGACGUACCUCAUCGACCUGAUGCACGACAGCAACGCCGAGAUCCGUAAAGUUUGUGACAACACGCUCGACAUCAUCGCCGAGUACGAUGAAGAGUGGGGGAAGAGAAUCCAGAACGAAAAGUUCCGCUGGUACAACUGCCAGUGGCUGGAGAUGGUGGAGAACCGGCAGAUGGACGAGACGGGAGAGCCUCUGCUCUUCGGGGAGGACGGAGAAUCCUUCGCCGAGAACCGGGAUCUCCUGGAGAGACCCGACCUCCUGUACAGCACAGAUGGGAUCAUGUCGGCGGAUGGAGCCAUCAGUCCGGACUUCUACGGCAACUUCCAGAACGACGAGCUCGGGCAGGCGUACAUGGGAAGCGUGUCGGAUGAGUUUGUGACGUCGGCUCCGGAUCCGGCCGACCGUCCGGUCAGCGCUUAUGGCUUCCGACCGGAUGAGCAGCUUUUCAACUACACCGCUUCCUCCCAGCUGACUUGGAAUCUCGUACACGCAAACGCCGAUCCAGCUUCAGGCUGACUUGGCGGCUGCAAUGAUGGAUGGCUCCGCUGCGGGAUGGAGGACGCUUACGUACAAGUUCUCACAGGAAUAUUCCCACACUUCCAACACUCCAUUACGGAAAUUAGGCCUCAACUGUCGUCUUUACUUCUAGAGAUUUGAAGGCAGCUUAGGCCUCCAUUUGUGGAUUUGUGAUGAGGGAGUUUUUUUGCACUGUUGAAACGCUCUUAUGAUUGUAUAAGGUCAAAGCACUGGAUUAUUAGCAUGUUUAUGUCAAUAUAAGUUAUUAGGAAAAUAAAUGUCUUCUCUUGUCUUGAAAGUGGUGGGGGCGCUGGCAAAAUGUGUCAUAACCAUAACCUCUAACCUAUGACCCCUAACCACCAACAUUAACCUAUGACCCCUACCCUAACCACCAACAUUAACCUCUAACCUAUGACCCCUACCCUAACCAACCAUAACCUCUAACCUAUGAUCCCUAACCACCAACCAUAACCUCUAACCCUUGACCCCUUCCCUAACCAUGAAGCAUAACCUCUAACCCAUGACCCCUAACCACCAAGCAUAACCUCUAACCCUUGACCCCUACCCUAACCACUAAGCAUAACCUCUAACCCAUGACCCCUACCCUAACCACCAACCAUAACCUCUAACCUAUGACCCCUACCCUAACCACUAAGCCUAACCUUUGACCCCUAACCACCAACCGUAACCUCUAACCCAUGACCCCUAACCACCAACCAUAACCUAUGACCCUAGCCUAACCGCCAAUCAUAACCUCUAACCCAUGACCCCUAACCAUAACCUAUGACCACCAACCGUAACCUCUAACCCUUAACCCCUACCCUAACCACUAAGCAUAACCUCUAACCCAUGACCCCUAAUCACCAACCAUAACCUCUAACCCAUGACCCCUAAUCACCAACCAUAACCUCUAACCUAUGACCCCUACCCUAACCACCAACCAUAACCUAUGACCCCUAACCACCAACCGUAACCUCUAAGCCUUGACCCCUACCCUAACCACUAAGCAUAACCUCUAACCCAUGACCCCUACCCUAACCACCAACCAUAACCUCUAACCUUUGACCCCUACCCUAACCACCAACCAUAACCUCUAACCUAUAACCCCUAUCUUAACCACCAAACAUGACCCCUAACCACCAACCAUAACCCAUGACCCGUACCCUAACCACUAAGCAUAAUCUCUAAACCAUGACCCUUAAAACUCUUCCCCUUUAAGACCAAGCAUAACCCUAACCCACAACAAGUCUUUCCCCUAAUCCAUAAUCCCCCCCCCCUCCAAGUGUUUUGAACUAUACAUGCAUUGUUUUGUGUAAAUGUUUGUGAUUUAUUUUCACGUGUUUAUGAGUAUGCAGAAUCAGAUUGACUCUCUGAUGUGUCCAUUUUUCCAUCACAUAUCCUGUUAGAUUGACAGCUAGAGAGGGGCGGGGUCUACCCUCAACUGGUUUUCAAUCACUAACAGGACACGUACUGUACAUACAAACAACCCGUAUUGAACCAAUAAAACGCUACAAAUCAACUAACAUGACUGUGGGAGUACUCUGAUGCAGUAACCUCUAACCCGUGAUUGUGUGUUUAAAUCCUCAUUUUAUUCAUCUUAAGGGAUACAAUAGAAAAAAAGCCUUUUGUGGGGAAGUGGUUAUUUUU